CUCUGGCUGAGCUCAGGCGGGGGACUGGUAUAAAGCAGCAGGCACUUGCCUGUGCACUCCACCCUGGAAGGCUGCCUCCCACCAGCGACCAUGACCCCUGGCACCCAGGCCCCCUGCUGGCUCCUGUUGCUGUGUUUCCUGUUUCAGUCUGCAGUCGUCACAGGUCUCAGCUCAAGUACAAAGGCUGUCACCACCCUGAAAAACAAUACUGAAAAUGGCAGUGAGAUGACAACAACUGGAAGCUCCCACCUAACCCAUAGCCUUACCGCCACUCCAGAGCACAACACCGUAUCAGCCAUAAAAACCAGCCAUAAGUCGGGUGCAACCAUCACUUCCAAGAGCUUGACAAAUUACACCACUUCUAGGUCCCCGGAGACCUCAGCCAAUGCCACCACUCACGGACCCUCAGAGAACUCAGUCAAUACCACCACUUCCAGUCCCCCGGAAACCUCAGCCAAUCCCACUAUUCACAGGCCUCCAGACCCCACUCACAGGCCCCCAGACAGCUCAGCCAAUACCACCACUCAUGGGCCCCCGGACAGCUCAGCCAAUGCCACCACUCACGGGCCCCCGGACACCUCAGCCAAUGCCACCACGCAUGGGCCCCCGGACAGCUCAGCCAAUGCCACCACGCAUGGGCCCCCGGACACCUCAGUCAAUACCACCACUCAUGGGCCCCCGGACACCUCAGCCAAUGCCACCACUCACGGGCCCCCGGACACCUCAGCCAAUGCCACCACGCAUGGGCCCCCGGACAGCUCAGCCAAUGCCACCACUCACGGGCCCCCGGACAACUCAGCCAAUACCACCACUCAUGGGCCCCCAGACAACUCAGCCAAUACUACCACUCACAGGCCCCUGGACACCUCAGUCAAUACCACCACUCACGGGCCCCCGGACACCUCAGCCAAUACCACCACUCAUGGGCCCCCAGGCAACUCAGCCAAUACCACCACUCAUGAACCCCCGGACAGCUCAGCCAAUGCCACCACGCAUGGGCCCCCGGACACCACAGCCAAUGCCACCACUCACGGGCCCCCGGACACCUCAGCCAAUGCCACCACGCAUGGGCCCCCGGACAGCUCAGCCAAUGCCACCACGCAUGGGCCCCCGGACACCUCAGUCAAUACCACCACUCAUGGGCCCCCGGACACCUCAGCCAAUGCCACCACGCAUGGGCCCUCGGACACCUCAGUCAAUACCACCACUCACGGGCCCCCGGACACCUCAGCCAAUGCCACCACUCACAGGCCCCCGGACACCUCAGCCAAUGCCACCACUCACAGGCCCCCGGACACCUCAGCCAAUGCCACCACUCACGGGCCCCCGGACACUACAGCUAAUGCCACCACUCACGGGCCCCCGGACACUACAGCUAAUGCCACCACUCACGGGCCCCCGGACACCUCAGUCAAUACCACCACUCACGGGCCCCCGGACACCUCAGCCAAUGCCACCACUCACGGGCCCCCGGACACCUCAGCCAAUGCCACCACGCACGGGUCCCCGGACACCUCAGCCAAUGCCACCACUCACGGGCCCCUGGACACCUCAGCCAAUGCCACCACUUCCAGUCCCCCGGACAACUCAGCCAAUGCCACCACUCAUAGGCCCCUGGAGACCUCAACCAGUGCUACCAGUCAUACCCAAGACACAGCUACUACUUCCAAGCAUCCGGAGACCUCGACCAAGGCUGCCACAACCUCAGUCAGCAAGAGCACUCUGUCCUCAGUACCGAGCCACUCUACUGUCUCCAUUGCCCACAUGAGUCCCAGCACCAGAACGGCAGCCAGCAGCAUCCACCAUGGGGAACCUCUCACUUCCCCCAACAGCACAAUCUCAUAUCUCCUCUCCUUGUUCUCCCUGUCCUUUUGCAUUUCUAAUCUCAAAUUCAACUCUUCCCUGAGAAACCCCACAACCAGCUACUACCAGCAGCUGCAGACCAACAUCUCUGAUCUGUUUCUGCAGAUCUACGGAAAGAAUUUUAUGGGUUUCUACAACAUCAAAUUCAGUCCAGGGUCCGUGGUGGUAGACUCAAUCCUGGCCUUCCAAGAGGGCACGAUCGAUGCCCAGGAAGUGAAGGUGCAGUUUAACAAGUAUGCAGGCAAAGCAGAACAAUACCACCUGAACAUCUCUAUGUUUAAUGUGAACGAUGUGGCCUUUCCUUCCCCGACCCACGUGGGGUCAGGGGUGCCCGGCUGGGGUAUCGCCCUUCUGGUGCUGGUGUGUGUCCUGGUGGCAGUGGCAAUGUUCUAUCUGGUUGCCCUGGCUGUGGUUCAGUGCCGCCGGAAGAGCUGUGGGGAGCUGGACAUCUUUCCCAGUCGUGAUGCCUACCACCCCAUGAGCGAGUACCCCACCUACCACACCCAUGGGCGUUUUGUGCCUCCCAGUACCACCAGGCGUAGCCCCUAUGAGGAGGUGUCUGCAGGCAAUGGUGGAGGCAGCCUGUCUUACACUAACCCAGCAGCGGUGGCUUCAGCCAACUUGUAGGGGCCUGUUGCCCACCAGCGUCCAUCCAGCCUAUGUCAGGGCCCCGACGAAGCCCAACCCAGCCCCUGGGGAUGUGCCUGGAACUUGUGGUGCAGGGACUUCGAGAGACAGUCCAGGGGGUGGGAGAGGGUGCCUGAACAUAGCUGAAUAAAGCAUGGGCCACUUUUGUGCCAAC